UUUCUUCAUCUCACAGUUUUUGGUGUAUUGAAGAGUAUCAUCUGCUGUGGAUCAAGAUCAGUCUUUGGAGCUUUAGGAUAGAGAAAAAGGUUGAAAGGAGAGAGAAAGAGAAAGAAAAAAAUGCAAGGUGCGAAGGAGACAGCAUCCAACGUGGCGGCUUCGGCCAAAUCCGGCUUGGAGAAGGCCAAAGCCACCACCCAAGAAAAGGUGGAAAAGAUGACGACACGUGACCCUGUUGAGAAAGAAAUGGCAAGAGAGAGGAAGGAAGAGAGAGUGACCCAAGCCGAGCUCGACAAGCAGGAGGCGCGCGGGCACAACGCCGCAGCGAGGCACACCGGGACCCAUGACUACACCGCCACCGAAACCGGAGGAGCCCCGGAUUACCUGACCGGAGACCCGGGGUACACCACUGGAGUACAGCCCACCCGCCGCCAGACGGGGGGCGUGGUCGGGUCGCAGAACCGGCCCGGGGAGUACACGGGAACCGGGCAGGUCCCGAUUCGGGACACCCAGACGGGUGUGGGCCACCCAGACCAUGCAGCGUGAAGGCACUGGUGGCGCCUAUGAUGAUAGAGGAGGGUACUAAGCGCACGUGUGGGGCUGUGGUGGCGCUGCAUGUCUAGCUUGCGUUGUACUCCAGUAAUAAUGGUUGUGUUUUUAGUGGUGUUUGCUUGGUUUGUGUAGUAGGUGGUGUUGUGUUUGGUGUUUGUAAUGUUUCAGUUUUAUAUGAUGAAUGAAUAAAAUG